AUGGAGCUGUUCCAGAGUAAGAAGCUCAUCGUUUCAGCUUCAUCUUUGUUGGAUAAGAUCAACCCUUUCACUGCAACAGAUGAAGCCAUUUCCAACCACAUCAUCGGAAUCCAUGACUCGCAGGCCCCCAAGUACGAUGUCGGUUCUCUUUACAAUGUUGUCUCCAACAUCAUCAAGAGCUCCACUCACAUCGGCACCUCCCUCGAUCUCAAGCGUCCCAAAGCUGUUGAACUUGUGGAAGACAAGGUUCCACAGUCCAGUUUCAUGCCACCUUUCAGUACCCUCAAAGAAAUCGCUUGUCAGAUGACAUGCAAGCCUUUUGAGAAAUCUACGGCACACCAAACAGCGGUGGGAAUUCUGGAGAAGCUUAAAAGCUACACAUGGGACGCAAAGGCAGUGAUAGCUCUCUCGGCUUUUGCUUUGGACUUUGGCGAAACUUGGCGUCUCGCUCUCAUGGAACGUACCGAGCAAAAUGCUCUUGAACUCCAUAUCUUCAGGCUUGGAGACGAACCCCAGCCUAGCAAGAACAACUUAGACCUCAUUAACACGUUGGUGGAUAUUUCAUUCAAACUUAUUGAAGGGAUUUCAACAUUGGAGAAGAAGAUCGCUGACAAGUCUCCAAGCCAAACUUUGUAUCAUGCUCCUCGAGAACUCUAUACUUAUUGGGCAAUCUUGGCCCUUCUCACUUGUUCUAAUCGAACGACUGAACUGGAUUGGAACAUCAAAUCCGAAGUUGUUGGGAAGCUCAAUCACGUUCUCAUGAGAUUGAAUAAUGAGUUGAAUGAGAUUCAGCGUGAAGAAGAUGAAGAGAAAGACCAAGCAUGGCGGGAGAGUGUGUUUAAGUCUCCUUCUGGAAUUGUGGAUCUUUUGAGGGCUCUCAUCUUCUCUAGGGAAAUUACUGAGCUCGAAAUCUUCGAUAACACUAUCCAAAAAGUGGUAAGCAAUGAUGUUUUGAAGACGAAGAAUCUUUUGCUGUUCAUUUCUGGUCUGGACAACAUCGAAGACGAGAUUUGGGUUUUGAAAUCUGUCCACGAUGCAUUCAAAAAAGACAAAGAGAAACAAAAUUACCAAAUCCUAUGGGUUCCUGUGGUGGAGGAAACUGAUGAUCAUAGGAUAACUGAUGAUCGGAAGGAAAAGUUCAAGCAGCUGAAAUCAAACAUGCCAUGGUACGUCUUACAGAACCUGUUCGCCAUUAAAGGCAAGAAGGCACUAGAAAAGCUGUGGCAUUACCAGGGAAAGCCUAUUGUGGUCGUGACAAACCCUAAAGGUCAAGUCAUUCACCGUAAUGCAAUGUACAUGAUCUUCGUUUGGAAGAUUGAAGCCUUCCCAUUUCGACAUGAGGACGAAGAAAGACUCUCCCUUCAAUGGAAGUGGUUUUGGAAUGAAGCAACCAAAGUUUUCCCCGACAUUGGAAAAUGGAUUCAGAGUGAGACAUACAUCUUCAUUUAUGGAGGGACUGACGUUGCUAGUACCCAAAGGAUUGGUACACUGUUAGACACCAUUAAGAAUGACCCCAUCAUCAAGCAAGCAGACGCCAUAAUCGAGCAUUUUAACCUCACAACAAGGCAUGAUCAAGCAUCCAAUUUCUGGGCCAGCAUCACCAACUCGAUGUUAAGCCGACUUCAAAAGAAGAAUCACGAACAAGACACUGUUCUUAAAGAAAUCGAAACCUUAUUGUCAUACAAGAAUGAGAAAGCUUGGGCCCUUCUGAGCAAAGGCCCCAACGUGCUGGUUAUAGGGUUUGAUUCCGUGGUAACAAGCGUACUGGAGACUUUCGAUGAAUGGAAAGUGAACGUGCAAGUUCUUCAAGGUUUUGAUAAUGCAUUUAUAAAGUAUUACAAUGAAACGAAGGCUGGUGUUCCUCCUCCUUGUGUCCACUUCCAACUGAGCAAUAUACGAUCAGGAGUUCCUUUCACUAUCACUUGUCCUGAGCCAUCUUGCAAGAAGAAGAUUAUGGAAGUUGAAACAGUUACCUACAACUGUUGCCAUGGGAUCCAUUCUCACAAUGCACCAUUGGCGAACCUGAACGGCGAGAUUGGGACCCCACUUCUGAAGACCAAAUGGACUCCGUAAUCAAUGAUCAUCAAUGUGCAUUGAUGGAUGAACUAGCUGCCUGCUCUGCUUUCUGUUGUCUCUAUGAUAUAAAUAAUCAAUAAAAUGUCUGCGUCUUUUAUAUAUGAACCUCUAUAGUGUGUACUACCUUUGUUUGUUGUGUCAUGUGCACUUGUCUGGUUUUGUAUGGAUGUUAUCAUGUAAUCUAUGUUUAACUCAAUAAAUAAUCGAGCUAUGAAGUAAUAAUUCUGUCUUUUUA